AUGCGGACUUGUUACUAUGAAUUAUUAGGCGUUGAAGAUUAUGCAACUCCAGAAGAACUAAAAAAAGCUUAUCGUAAAAAAGCUUUAGAAUGGCAUCCUGAUAAAAAUCAUCAUCGAGUUGCGGAGGCGACACAACAAUUCGCUCUCCUUCAACAAGCUUACGAAGUUUUAUCAGAUCCAAACGAAAGGGAAUGGUAUGAUAAUCACCGGGAUGCUAUUUUAAGAGAAGCUAAAGAAGAAGAAGAAGCUUAUGCACGUGAUCGAGAUGACAAUUCCGAUUUUUUCCCUUAUCCAUCAUUUGGUGAUAGUACUGCAUCACCAGAUCAAGAUGAUUCAAAAUAUGGAAAUUUAAUUAAAAUUUUUUAUCAAUCAUGGACAAAUUUUUCUACACGAAAAAAAUUUGCUUGGUUUGAUAAACAUCGAUUAUCUGAGGCACCAGAUAGGCGGACUAAAAAAUGGAUGGAUGGAGAAAAUGAAAAGUCUCGUAAUUCGGCUCGUAGAGAAUAUAAUGAGGCUGUUAGAUUCGUACAAAAACGUGAUCCACGGUAUAAAGCGUAUAAGGCGGCUGCUGAACAAAGAGUUAAAGUUCAAGUUGCUGAAGCAAAAAAACGAGCUGCUCGUGAUCGUGCUAAUCAAUGGAUAAAUCAUGAAAAAAGUAAAAAGCAUAUAAAAAAUGUUGAAUUAUUGAAAGAAGAAAUGCUUGAAGAUGAUGAAGAUUUAGUAAUUUCAGAUGAUCAAAAUAAUUAUGAUGUAAAUAAUCAUGAUAUAGAUGAAUCGAUAAAUGAUGAUACAAAAGACAUUGAAGAUAACUCAUUUACAAAAAGUUCUAAAAAGAAAAAAAAACCAAAGAAAAGACAACAAACUUCAAAUUGGGGACAUGAGGAAAUCUCUGGUGAUGAAAUUAUUCAAGAUAAAAUGAAAUCUAAUUCACUUAAUAGUGAUGAUGAAUUAUCUGAACUAUUAGAAAAGACAAAAGUUUCUUCUCGAGGUGGUUUUGAAUCUGAAGAAGAAUCUAAUAAGACUCAACCUUUAUUAAAUGUUGACGAUGAUAAAUCAACUCAACAAGAAAAUGGUACUAAAAAAGAGCGGAGAAAAGAAAAGAAAAAAUCUAAAGAUUCUAAACAGCAAAAGUGUAAUGUCUGUUCACAGACCUUUACAUCAAGAAACCGUUUAUUUGAUCACAUUAAUGAAACUGGUCAUGCAUUAAAUACUGGUGGUUCUGGUAGUGGGAAAAAGGGGAGGAAGUGA